CCACAUCCUCCCUUCUCCCAGGUCCUGCACAUGACAGUGGUGGUGGAAAAAAGGCCCAUCGCCAGCGCGGUUGGGGCGUCGCAGGGCCUGGGGCCGCAGUUCCAGCCCGCGGAGGCGUUCCAGCCCUCCGCGGACUUCCAGGGCACGGCGACGGCCGCGGUGGAGGCGAGCCACGAGCUCCCCUGGGGCGUCGGCUCGCCCAGAACGGGCGACAAUGCUGCGGUCAACGAGUACUCGUCGAUGCCCGCUGUGGACGUGCCCAAGUGGGGAGAGUACAGCCUGGAGCAGGGCGACACCCUCGCGUCCUUCAGCAGCGCCAAGCAGGACGUGAAGCUCCUCACCCAGGUGCUGAUGAACGUCACGAACGGCUUCUACCUGGACACCAACGCCAUGGACGGUGAGGCAAACAGCAACACGCUCCUUCUCGAGCUGCUCGGCUGGCGUGGGCUGUGCAUCGAACCGCGCACGUACUGGUACAUGGAACUGUGGUCCAAGUUUCGGAAGGCAUGGCUGUUCCUCGGCGCCCUCUCCCCUCACGAGAACGCGACGAAGCUUGGCUUUAACUAUGACGGCGAGGUCGACGAGCUGAGCGGUCACCAGAUUCACGCGUAUCCCUUGAAGACCUUCCUGCAAGAGAUGGGGGGGCGCAAGACGAUCGAUUUCUGGAACCUGCGCAGCGGGGGGUACGAGGCCGAGAUCCUGAACGAGACGCUGCUCCACUCGGGAAGCUUCAUCGAGUUCGGCGUGAUCCUCGUGACCUUCGAUGGCCGCCGCUCUGCGCGGGGUUCCCAGGACUAUGUGCAGGCACGCUCCAGGGACGAGACCGAGAGGCUCAUAUUCGACCUGCUCCACAAUGCCAGCUUCAAGUUCAUCGGCGGUCUGGACCCCUACUGGAUCAACACCGUCGAGCCGCGCCAUGGUUUCAAGGACGCCGUCUUCGUCAACCCCGCGUAUUUCAUGGCACGCAACAUUCCGCUGCCAACUUCGGUCAAGGGCCCACCCCCUCCGACACUCCCUGGAUUCAGCCCCAGCCGUCCAUGGGCUGGCUUCAGCUCGUGGGAGGAAGGUUUCACCCACAGCGAAGAGGUCAGUCUCAUUGGUAAGUACAUCAAGGCCAGCAAGCAGGACGCCUCACUGAUAGAGCCUGUGCCGAAAGCGAAUCGUGUCACGAACACCCUCACGAUCAGCUAGAUCUGAGCAGGUGCGUUGCUGUAUGUGGGGGCCGCCGCGAUUCGGAACGACGAUAUCAUGCUGGGAUCGAGCCUGAGUUCUCAGACCAUGGCUGGACGUGUCUGUCCGAUCUGUGGUGGGCUGCCUAGCCGCAGUGCAUUUGCAGCAGCUGAUUGGGUUUCCUUAUCGCGUGUGCAGUCAUCGCUAGGCUGUGCUGGUGAGAGCGUUGAGCAGUUGUUUGGACUGCUCAGCCUUACAUAGGCGGAUCAUGCGUUGAUGUAUCAUUAGCUUGUCGAGCCGAUGCGUGGUGGACCAGAAGCGGCGGAGCCACGCGCUUUCCAAAAGUUCCCGACCGUGUAUCCCCCAGUCUAGUUAAGAGCAUCGAGCCCGACGAAGAAAACGACGCAGUCCUGGUUCCCCUCCUUUCCCC